AUGUGCCGCAGUGAACCAAUCAACAUCAUCCAUUCUCAGAUCAUUCAUGAUGUUGCUGAUGAUGAUUUCGUCAUUGAAGACCCGUACCAAGAUAUAGAGGCUAAAGAGAUAGAUGUAAUGCGGUGGGUGAAUCUUAGGUUGACGUUGAUUAGAUACAAAGUUUACGUUGAUAAGAUACAAAGUAUGUCUAUUAUGAAUCUUAGGUUGACGUUGAUUAGAUACAAAGGCUCAGAAAGUGAAGACCAUAUUGCGGCCGGCUUCAAAUCCUUUGAUGCCAAUAAGGACGGGGGUAUCGAUCCACAAGAGGUCAGGGCCAUCUACAGAGGUCUUAUGGACCAAGCUGAUUUGUUCAAAUUCUAUGCGGAAGCAGACAAGAACGAGGACGGGUUGAUCGAUAUCGACGAGUAUAGAGCAUAUAUUAAAUCCCUCUGA